UUCCCCCUCCCCUCUCUGCUUUCCCGCCACGCGCACCUCUGAACCCUAUAAACCGCCCCCUCACAUUCUUCUCUCCUCUCAUCCAUCAUUCAUCGUUCCCCACCGCCGCCGCAAUCCACAUCAAGAGAGAUCGAGAUCGCCUCCGUCCGGAUUCAACCAUGGUGGUCGCGCUGGGACCCGGACGGUUCUACGGCAGCGGGCUCCCGCGGCCCCGCGUCUUCCCCGGCGACCGCGUGGACCCGCCGGCGCCGGUCACCGACCCGCUCCUGGCCUGGGCGCGCGAGGCGCACUGGAGCAUGGGCGGGCUCUCCUCCAAGCGCCUCCGCCUCCAGGGCCGCAUCGAGGGCAACCUCGUCAAGCUCCGCCGCACCGCGCGCCGCGACGCUAGGGUUUCGGCCAAGGCCAGUCUGGCGAAGUCCCGCGCCGCCGGGGUGAAGCCCGCCUCGCUGGAUCCCCUCGGCCCCGACGACGACGCCGAGUUGACGGACGACGAGGAGGACGUCAAGGCCCAGGAGAAGGCCAUGAGGCGCGAGGUCGUGGACGACGACGAGGACUCGGAGUCCGGCGAGUCGGACGAGGAGGAGGAGGUGGCGCUCGUCACCAUCGCCGCCGCCGCCGCCAGGAGGAGGAAGCGCGCGAGGAAGCUCGUCGAAGAGUUCGACCGCGCCGCGGCGCCGCAGGAGGAGGGCGGGAGGAAGAAGAAGCAAUCCGCCGUGGCUCCAGCGAAGAAGUCUCUGAAGAAGAACGGUGUUCCCGUGAAGGAUUCUGUUCCGGCUGCUGAAGCUCCGGUGGUGAAGAAGUCACUGAAGAGGAAGGCUGCAGAGGUAGUGGCUGCUGCGCCUAGGAGGACCUCGCCCAGGUCCAAGAACUGAUGGAUAGGUGCUCUCCCUAUGUGCAAUUCGAUUCAUCUUCAUGUGUUGGAUCUGUGAUCUGUCAAUUGAGGUGUUGUGUGAUCUUGGCGGUGCAAGAUAGGUACCAUGUGUUGGCUGGGUAGAUCUAUCAAUUGUGAGAUGUGAUCUUGGAGAUGCAAGAUGCCAUGUGUUCAUCAAAAUGUUAGAAAUGAAUUGUGAUGUGAUGCUUCUAUAUCUAUGAAAAAUAUAUUUCUGAAGUCUU